GGCGGCGGCGGACGGCGCACCGUACGGCAGCGUCCACUGGAGAUCCGGCACAGCUCCUGCGUGGAUCGGUCCCGGCCGGGCUGCGGAGCUGUCGGCGACAAUCCAUCAGACAGGGCGGAGCGCCAGCGGCGACGGUCCGUCAGGUGGGCGCCAGCUCGUCACGGCCCAGCGGCGAGCGGCUGCCGAGGCGCGGUGGUCGGCACUCAGGUGGACCACGUCAGUGGGCCCCGCUCUCCGGUCGCGAGAGGUCAUGGCGCUUCGCCGGGCGGCGCUGCCGCUGCUGUUGCUGCUGCUGUUGCCGGUCGGACUGACGGCCGCGGAGCAGGUCGUGGAGGCUUCUGGCGACGGUGAGGCGGCCGACGCCGUCGUGGACAGUGGUGUCGAGCAGGACAUGGUGGGCGAGGAACUAAUGCGGUUCGAGCCGAGCGCUGAUCCGGGGCCGGGGCCGGGGCCGGAGCCGGAGCCGGAGCCGGAGCCGGUGUCGGCCAGUGAUGCGGCCCAGAGGGAGGACCUGGCCACCCGGCCCAAGCAGGCCAAGAAGACCGAGGAAGCGACGCGAGAGCAAGAGCUGAGGCCACAGCCGCGACCCACCUCAGCCACCGGACUGAUUGCAAACCUGUUCAGCUCGCUGGCGCGGCCCGAGGAGGGCAGCCAGUGCCCGGGCCGCUGCUACCACGCGCUGGCCGCGCUCAUGUGCGAGAAGGUGCUGGACGACAAGCCGUGCCCACAGCCGUCCAUGCGCUGCUGUGUACUGGCCGGCGGACAGCAGGCGCCGGCGCCCGCGACCGUGGCGCCACCUACGCCAGCCGCCCUCACCGCCACCAAGAGCGCCACCACCAAGCGAGAGGUGCCUACGACACCAGCCACAACCACCACGCCUGCACCGAUAACCACGCCCACGACCCGAGCCCCCUCGCCCGAGACCACGGCGGCGACUGUGCCGACGUUGAUUGAGAAGAUGGACACGGACGAGACGGAGCUGGUGGACGGUCUGCCGCGACCGCAGCCGUACGGAGCGCAGCAGGGGACCACCAUCUGUCCGGGCGUGUGCGUGGCCAAGCGGCUGGCGGCUUACUGUGAGGCGGCGCUGGACCUGCCCGGGGUCUGCGCCGCCGACCAGCGCUGCUGCGUCGCCAAGGACCUGUUCGACGGCGUUGAGGACAAGCCCGAGCAGUUCGUCAUUCUGGGCAAGACGCCCAAACCUAAGCCUGAGGAGCCGGAGGAGGAGAAGAAGCCAGCAUCAAGCGCUAGUGUCGAAAUCCCCGAGCAGAAGAAGUGCGCCGGCCAGUGUGUGACGGGGCUGUUCUCCUACCUAUGUGACCGCGUGGACAGCAGCGUCAAGUGCGGCAACGGAGGCCGCUGCUGCCUGUCGCGCUCACGGCCCGACAAGACUCAGGCCACCACGGCCAAGCCGGCCGGCGCGCCGACCGAGAAGUGCCCAGGCGUCUGCAUGCCGGGCCUCAUGAAGGCAUACUGCAACGCGCCGUCGCGCCUGCUGCCCAACAACCGCGGCUGCACCAGCGGCCAGGUCUGCUGCGACAAUCGAGAGGGAGCCGACAAACAGGAGGCGGGUGCUGCCAGCCCGGCGCGGCCGCCGCGGCCGCCGGGCGCCUCGCCCAUCGGCGCCAUCCUCAACCAGGCGCUGGGCGCGGCGCCCCGAGGAAGGCCGCCGCCGCCGCCGCCUGUGCCGGUCGACCCGCGGCCAUUGUGUCCGGACACCUGCAUCGGACCGUUCCUCUCGUUCACCUGCUUCGGAAGCGCCGAGAUGACGGACCUGUUCCGCUGCGGCUCCAAGAAGGAACAGUGCUGUGCCAAGAAGUCAGCCAUCCGCAGACUACGCGAUCAGCAGUACUACAACGCGGCCAACGAGUACAACAACGAGUACCCGACGUACCCCGACAACGAGCAGUACGGCGGCCGCCCGCCCUUCGUACCGCCGCACGGCGAGUACCAGCCCGAGUACCAGCCUGAGUACCAGCCCGAGUACCAGCCUGAGUACCAGCCGGAAUACCAGCCGGAGUACCAAGAAUACGGGCAGGAGCGACCACCGCCGCCAGCCGGCGAAUAUGAGCAGCAGCAGCCGCCGGAGUUCGUCGGCAACCAACAGCCCGGCCUGCCGUCCCGUAUAGACGGCCCGGGCGGGCACAUCCAGAUCUAUCAGACGACGCCGGCGCCCGAGCCGCCGCUGCCCGUGCACAAGAACAAGUACGUGUGCGGCGUGAAGGGGCCGCCGGGUCGGCGCGGCCGCGUCGUGGGCGGACAGGACGCGGCGCCGGGCGAGUGGUGCUGGCACGUGGCGCUCAUCAACUCGCUGAACCAGUACCUGUGCGGCGGCGCGCUCAUUGGCACCCAGUGGGUGCUCACUGCCGCCCACUGCGUCACCAACAUCGUUCGAUCCGGUGACGCCAUCUACGUGCGCGUGGGGGACCACGACCUAACCUCCAAGUACGGCUCGCUGGGCGCGCAGACGCUGCGCGUGUCCACCACCUACAUCCAUCACAACCACAACUCGCAGACGCUGGACAACGACAUCGCGCUGCUCAAGCUGCACGGACAGGUGGAGCUGAAGGAGGGCGUCUGCCUGGUGUGCUUACCGGCGCGUGGCGUGGAGCAGCAGGCCGGCAACCGCUGCACCGUCUCCGGCUACGGCUACCAAGGCGAAACUGGGCCGAUUCCGCUGAGGGUGCGGGCCGCAGAGCUGCCCAUCGUCUCUGACAAUGAGUGUGUGCGCAAGAUCAACGCCGUCACAGAGAAGAUCUUCAUCCUGCCAGCCUCCAGUUUCUGCGCUGGUGGUGAGGAGGGCAACGAUGCCUGCCAGGGCGACGGAGGAGGUCCUCUUGUGUGCAACGUGGACGGCUACUAUGAGCUGUCCGGCAUGGUCAGCUGGGGCUUCGGGUGCGGCCGUCAGGACGUACCCGGCGUUUACGUCAAGGUGUCCUCCUUCAUCGGCUGGAUCAACCAGAUCAUCAGCGUCAACAAUCUCUGAGGACGCUGACACGUCGGCAAUGUUAUCAGCGGCCGACCGCGGCGAUCACGGCGCACUGCGCCGCGUUGGGACGAGGUGGGCGUCCCUUGGAAACACAAGCUGACUCGUCUGCUAGCAGCGACCAGUGUGGGUAUUCGACGACGCCAUAAGAUGCCGGCCAAGAAGAAGAGGGCACGGGUCAGGAUUGGAGACAGCAUUGUUUCUCCCCAAUCUCCCUGCGGUGCAAGCCCAUUGCCCUCAGGCCGGAGCGUCUGCUGAAUGGGCUACAUACAGACAAGAUGGUGGGAGUUGCGUUUUCGCGGAUGCGCUCACGUCCUCCGGUGUUCGAUGGCUACUGCUAGAGAGCACAUGCAGUACCGCAGUAUGUCAUCAGACGGCGCGACCGACCAGUGUAUGGGACGGUAUUGUGUUUCUGGACUACUCUAGCAACUCGUAUUGCCUGUAAUAUACUCGCUCGUAGUCGACGAGCAAGGACACUGACAAAUGACGGCACUGCGCCCCACGUGCGAGCAAUCCCGACGGAUUUGUAUGUUCAAAACUUGUGUAAGCUGUUGCUCCUUUUGAGAGACAUACGGUUUGCGUCUUAUGGUGUGUAGGUGGUGACGUUUCUGGCAAGGUAUAGUCAAUUUGGGGCUCUUCCCUUGUCGGAAGACAAUGAAGAGAAGUACAAUGACAUGAUAACUUGACAAACGACAUGUGUGAUAUGGCACCUGUUUGGUCACGAAAUUGGUGAGUGGCAUUACUUCCAGCCAAAGGAGAUAGGUUUAUCUCAGGUCGUUGUGAGUAAGUGAUUUGUGCUUUGUCCUGUCUGUAAAUGUUCACUGAACAUCCUUACUCGCCCGCUGUUGGCCACCUUUGCACAGUUGCAUUUCCUUUUGUUUCCUUGCUGGGAAGAAAUAUCGUUUCUGUGUAGUGUGUAGCGCUGUAAGCCACUACGUGUCGGUUUAAGGGGAAGCCGCACGAGGCUGGUUCAGACGCUCGUGGGCAGAUAUCACUUACUAGGCUUAAAGUGAAUUGCUUUGUAUGCCCUCAACUAACAAGUGUGGGUAUGCCGAGCAACAGGUUGUCACCUGCUCCUCGACAGAGGCCAUGCGUGCAAUGUUCGUGGUCACUUGUUACCCUAGCAUCUGGUUGAUUUGUUACCGCAGUGAAUUUCGUUAAUUACCUGUUUUUCUACUAGAUGAGGAUCGAUUGAUUGCGUAAGUUGUACACACGCCCAGGAAAUAUAUUUAGCUCGCAUAGGGCUGAAGAACGUCACAUAGCUACCAUGCUUGUUUAACACGUGAAUGUAGUCUUGACCGUCGAUUCAUUUCGACUGAUGAGUGAGCUGCGUGGACCGGUCCUGUGACCGAUCCUGGAGACGAGGUUAGUGAUCGUGUCUGUCGUGUUUCUACGUUAGUAAGAACACGGGUGUUAAUAAACACUCUGUCUAGAA